UUUCAUUUGAUGAUCAAUCUUUAUGGGUUGAUGAUGAUUCAGGAGAAGGAUGUAGACCUGUCGAGUAAGAUAGAGGAAGGCUUUGGACCAAAUGGGUUAGGGAUUCUGUCAAUUAAAGAUGUAAGAACUUGUUUGUCUCUCAUGAUUCAGGUUGUGUAUGGAGAAGAUGAACUAGCUUAUCAAAUUGGAGAAACCACUGAAAUACUCUCGGGAGGCUAUCUCUGUGCAACUCCUCACUGCGUUCGGGUACUUCCUUAA